AACUGACAUUGACAAUCUUAGUACGUUCCUCCAUGGUCAGCACUUAAUAAAGGUCAUUGCAUGUCACGUCUAAGAUUGUAUUCUAGCAGUUGGUGUAGUGCCUCAGUUAAGAACAGUUAAUUAGUGCCUCUAUUUUAUCUGUGGCGAAAAAAAGAUAACUCAAGAUGUUCAAGACUUUAUUGUUCGUGGCUGCGGCCGCAGUGUUGGCGUCAGCCCAUGAUGACGCACCAGAAAUAAAGCAAGCUAUCGCGAAGUUUGAUGGCAACGGUGUGGCUGGCUUGGUGAAGUUCAUCCGUUUAGAUGAUGGCAGGAUCCACGUCACUGGCAAGGUGACUGGUAUGCCUACUGGCAUGUACGGUUUCCACGUCCAUGAGACCGGAGACUUGUCCAACGGCUGCCUCUCCACUGGUGGACAUUUCAACCCCAACGGACAUGACCACGGACAUCCACAUGAUGAGAUCCGUCACGUCGGAGACCUCGGAAACGUUGAGUUUGACAACACGAAGACCGCCAACAUCGACUUCAUAGACCCUCAGAUCAAGCUGAACGGUCGCCACAACAUCAUCGGCAGGGCUCUGGUCCUCCACGCGGGUACUGAUGACUAUGGCAGGACUGAUCACCCUGACUCCAAGAAGACUGGCAACGCUGGUGGACGUGUCGUCUGCGGAAUUAUCGGAAUUUUGUAGGAAACUAAUUUUAUAAGUUAUUUGUCUGACGAUGUUUCUUGGGAAAUGUGGCUGUUUUUGAUCUGAAUGUAGUUGAAUUUGUAACCGAAAUGGAUUAUUAUUGACAUUUGUAUUCAUUACAUAACCGAUAUCAAUUUCGGUUGUCUAAUCUGCGAUAUCUUUAAACUGAACAACUUAAAAUAAAACGGCAUUCAUUUUAUGGACUAUUAUCAUUUAAGACGGCAUUUUUCACUUCUAACGUCUUUUCCUCGAGCGACAUCUGUUGGACUAUUCCUAUUACGUGGACUAAUUUUACCAUUCCAUGCUACUAACAGAGACUUGAGACUUCAUUUCUUAUAUUCUGGGCAAUCAGUCUUCACGCUAGUACCAUCCAGCUCUAUAACUAAACACUAACGACCAAAUUCUCUAUUUUGAUAGUAAUUUUUACCUUCCCUCUCCUAUUCAUGGGCAAAAGAGAGAAGUAUACGCAUAAGACUUGAAAGUUAGAGAUAAGAAUCUCAGUAGAAAUUGUUAUUAUUUAGGACUUAAGUACAAUAAUGAAAACGUUUUUUUUCGUUUCCUAUUUUUUUACUUUAUUCUAAUUAUAUUUCUUGCAAGGCCAUGUUUCCUUCUGUACAGCGAAUUUGAAUAAAAUUUUCUUUAUAAA